ACCCAUUCGUAAAUUGAGAGUUCUGUUCGAGAAGACAGCAUGUGAAACUCUGUGAUUUUCCACAAAUUUAAAGGAAUCUGUUAACAUAUGGAGAGGGGGAAACUGCCCCCUAAGAAGCCCCCGAUUCGGCGAGGCCUACCGUUGCCCGACAAGAUCAUCCCCCUGGGGAGUAAAGGCCGCCCUGAACAGGAUCAAAAGCCCACCCCUUCAGUCUAUCCUGACCGCAAGAGGGAGGCCAGCGCACCCCUGCCGAGCCAUGUGAUACCCCCCAAGACCAAGCUGGUAGGCUUAACACCCCUUGGAAGGGCUGGUCCUGAGAUCAGUAGACCAUCAAGCAGUGCCGUCCUCCAUAAACCAGGAAUCAAGACUAUUGAAGUACCUCCUAUAGAGCUUGUGGAUCGUGUUUUAGCUGCUGAUGAAGCGGAAGAUGAUGAGAGCAUCGAUAAGAUUCUUUGCGGGGCCUUGAAGAAUCUGAAGACUGUCCGAGCCAAGCCGUCACCCGCUCUCUACCUUGGCCUCAUGUACCUGGCCAAAGUCAAACCAAUGUUUUUUGAGUCAGAGAAUGUGAUUGAGACAACUUGUUCUCUUCUCAAAAGAGACAUAGGAAUUAGCUUCAAGAGCAAGGGGAACCCCCUGGUUUCUGUAGUAGCGUGUAAUCUACUCAUGCAUGCCUUUGUUUAUGAGCACAACUGGCCUGAUAUCUUUGUGAAGGUAUACCUGGAAGAUGCACAUGGUGAGAGGGUGUGGGUUGAUCAUCCUUACUGCAAGGAGUUUGUGACCAACAUCCAAACUGCCUUCGGAACGAAGCAGGCCUCAUCUCAUCUCCAGAUGGCAACUGAUCCGCUGCGUGGCAGCCUUUCGGAUGUUUCUGGCAGUGGAAGUCCCAGCCGUGAUGAUGCAGAGGGCAGUCAAGCUUCUACACCCACCUUAGGGUCUGAGGAAGGUGAUCUUGGUACAGAAUCACAAGAAACAAUGCCAAGGUACAGUCUGUUAAGAGAUGAGAUAGAGAAGGAUGUAGUUGACUUUGUGAAGGAGCAGCUGGUCAGAAGACAAGGUAUGGACACACCUAGGAACCUUCUAAGGCUACUAUCAUCAACCUGUGGAUUCGGUGAGGUCAGGCUCAUUACUGCGCAACGGCUUGAGAUGUGGCUUCAGAACCCUAAGUUGACAAGGCCAGCUCAGGAGCUGCUUGUCUCGACCUGUGUGAAUUGCUGCACCCACAGCCAAGAGGAUGUCGAGGUCAUAAGUCAUCUCAUUAAGAUCCGACUGAAGACUAAACCGUUGAUCAACCACUACCUCAUCAGUAUGAAAGAGCUACUGAGCCAGCACAAGGAUAACCUGUCAACAGUCCUGAAACACGUCAUCUACAAUGAGUUAUCCAACGCACGCAAUCCUAACAACAUGGCUCUUCUCGGGGCACUCUUUCAACAUUCACCGGAACUAUCGGCCAAGCAUCUUGCAUCAGUGUUUCAAGAUCUGUUGAUGAAUCGGGAUGACUACCUGCGGGCAUUGAGGGCGCUCUUCAGAGAGAUCGUCAAGUCACUGCGCUAUGACGUUGACUUUGUUGCCUUCUGCCGUGGAUUGAUGACAGAGAAGUCAGACAGAAAUUUCACAGAACUUGAAAAACCAGUCAAGGAUCGGAUGUUUGCAUCACUGUGUGAUUUGAUCUGUCUUGCAUCCCUGCUCAGCGUUACACCUCAAAUUAGGGAGAUUGUAGCAGCCUACACGAGAGGAGAGAGAAAAGCUGCAGACAUGGAAUCCCUGCGGGCGUUCCAGGCCCAAGUGUCCAUGACUCAAAGAGACUGCGUCUGGUGGAUACAUACCAUCGCCAUCAAUAUGUUCACACUCAAUCAAGGUGAACUCAAUAAAGUUAUUCAGAAGCUUGUGUUCUUAGACACACAUGAAGGUUAUUGCAGUAAGGAUAACUGGCCACAAGAAACAGACAGAGGUCUCUUGCUCUCCCUACUGUCAGAAGUGCCGGUCCAAGAGGACACACUGAUGCGUCUACUAAUCAUGGGGCUUGAGAGGACUAUUCCACUUGCUGCGGGGGAGGCCUUGGAUCUGGUUGAUAAACUUGUCAAGAGGGCUGCAGUAUUGCAAUCAGAGGAUUUCCAAGUGUUAAAGAUAGAGAGGACCACGCUGAUUGAUGUUGUCCUGAAUUCAUGUGUCUAUCAUCAUCCAGAAAACAUCACAUUACCUCAGGGAUACCAGGUACCAAGUCUUGCCAUUGCAAACUUCUAUUGGAAAGGUUGGAUUCUCCUUCUAAUCCUAGCUGCUUUUAAUCCCAGUAAUAUAGGUCGUGUUGGAUGGGAUAACUAUCCAAUCCUGCGUUACUUCAUGGAGAUGGUCAUGACAAACAAUUUCAAGUUUCCCAUGGCAACACGAGCCAAAGAUGAGAAGACAGCAGAAGAACUAAAAAACAUGGAAUUACAGGUUGCUCAGCUUGAGAAGCAAGCGAUCCUAGAGUUUGAGAACCAUCUUGCCAGGGUACAGAUCAUGGAGGGUAACAGUCUCUUGCUAACACAGCUAAUGAGGAUGGAACCUAAUGGACCUGUUCGAAGACCUCCCAUUCAGAUACUGGACCAGCUCCAGCAUUACAACAAGGUGCUUCACCUAGGUCAUAUGCUGUGCAGGAGUAGGAACCCUGACUUCCUUUUGGACAUCAUCCAGAGCCAGGGUACAUCCCAAUCCAUGCCAUGGUUGGCUGAGCUGGUGAACUCAGCUGAGGGUUCCUUAGACGUGUUGCCUGUCCAGUGUUUGUGUGAAUUCCUUAUCAACCAAGAGGCUGACAAAGACUCGGGAGGGUCAGAUGGAGGCGAGAGCAGCUCAUCUUCAAAACAGAAGGUUCACAAACAGGAGCAGCUUUUAACUCGACUCCAAUCCCUGGUCUUUGAUACAAACACUGAUCCCAUGAACACCUCUGAAGUCCUAGGAUACUUCCUCACCAGACUCUCUUCCCAGCAACACUCAGCCAGGAUGUUAGCUUCCAAGGGACUUGCAAUGGUGUUAUCUCCAAGGUCAGGGGAGGAUGCAAUGGAGGUGGAUGAGCCAUCUGAGUCUGAUUCUCCAUUGUCAUCACACAAGUGGCUCUUACAAGACGUGCCCGCCAUCCCCAACUUCGAGACUGUCAAAAGCCAGGCCACUACAGCUCUCCGAAGUGCUUGCCAAAUUGACACUGAUCCUCGAGCCGUAAGCUCCUAUAUCAUCUUCCUAUCCCAUCAUGUCUUGCCUGCCGACCUGAACGACCUAGCCCAGGACCUUGCUCAGCUCAUCGUAGAGCGCCCAACCAUGCUGUCUUGCAUCCUACCACAUGAGGGCGACGCACCGGCGGGAGACGAGACCUUGGCCGCCAUGCUGCGUAUCUUCAGUAAUUACGUCAUCAAGGCUAUCAAGUCGACGGAUGAAGAGGAAGGAUAUAGAUGGUCCGAAUCUCAGGACCAGGUGUUCUUACGUUGGCCUCAUGGGGAUUCAGCUACCAUGCAUAUCUUGGUUGUCCAUGCUAUGAUCAUACUACUCACCUAUGGAGAACCUAAAGUGAAGAGUGAGUUCACCUACCUCCUCAACACCUGGUGUCCUAGUAAUGCCCUGCCCCCAUCAGCGUAUCUGGUGGAUACCUCGGAAGAGGCUCUUCUGCUUCCUGAUUGGCUCAAGCUUCGGAUGAUCAGAUCAAGCGUCGAUCAGCUCGUCAUUGCUGCUCUACAAGAUUUGGAACCGGCUCAGCUAGUCUUGUUCAUCCAGUCCUUUGGUAUCCCAGUUCAGAGUAUGAGCAAACUACUAGCCCAUCUGGAUGCAGCGGUUGUCCAGAUGCCCCAUGCCAUGGACGCUGCAGUGGUGGACAAGUCCUACAUGGCACAGCUUGUUGAGGUCCAGCAGAUGAGAGGAGCCCAGGGGGGCAACCAGUUCCUUGGAUUACUCAAUCACCAACCUAAAGAAGAUGAGAAAGAAGAGGAAAAGGCUAUGGAAGUAUCAGACUCGGAGCAAGAGAAGAAGCCUACUCUGGACCAAGCAAUGUUAAAGGAUGUCGAGGACCAGGACCAGCUUAAGAACCUGGUCCUGAAGCUUGUAGAUCUGCCUGUAUCGACCACACUCUCCGAUAAGAGAGAUAUAUGGAGAAAGAUCCAAAAGGUCAUGUUGAAAAAGAGGGGAGGCGACAGUUCAGGUCAAACACUAUGCUAUGGACUUACCCAGGCAUUACACUCCAUUCUUACUGGCGAUCAUAGAAAGGCCUUCACUGAAGCUGUCCUUGCUCAUCCUAGCUAUCCAUGUGCUCUUCUAAAACAUAUGGCAUCUAUCCAAUCAUCAUCAAAGUCAUCUCAGUCAGAGUUUAUUGCUGUCCUUGAGAUGCUACGGAACAUGCUGCCCUCUACCGGCCAAGUAAUGACAGUUAUCAAGGCAUGCAUCAGGAAAGUUGAAGCAGGAAAUAAGAGCCAAGUGAAGAAGAUAAUGGAAAGGAAUGAGACACGCUGCCUUGAGGAAGAAAUGGUGAAGCCUUCAUCUGAGAGGAAUCGUCUUGAGGAUUUACUUGAUGAAUGCCUUGGUAGGAAUACAAACACACAGUCCCCGGACCCACAUGCACGAGCAAGCAUGCUAACUAGACUCAUGCACCAGGAGUCUGAUCGAAAAGACACAGGAUUCAGCUCCUCCAAGAAACAAACCUCCACCUGUGGCCUGUUGAUGGACUGGCUGACCCGCAUUGACCCAGAGGUCAUAAGGUCAUGCCCCGACAUCCAGGAGGAGGUCAUGUUCAGGUCUAGGACCCCUCUGGAGAAAACGGAAGAAGAUACCAGUGGCUGUGUUUCUGGUAGCGGAGGGAGUGGGUAUCUCUUGGCUCUGUUGACCCAUCAGACUAGCUGGGAUACUCUUCAUAGCUGUAUCAACUGUCUACUGGGAAGGCAGGAUUCUUUGGAGAGAUUUGAUUAUUCAGCAGUAUUGGACUUCCUGUGGGCUUGUGUUCAUAUACCAAAGAUAUGGCAAGGAAGAGACACUAAAGCACCCAAGAGAUAUGCUGAUGAGAAUAUCCUCAUGAUAGAUCCCUCGCAGCUCUGUACCCUGGCUGAUUUCAUCAUCACAGAAUGUCAAACAUCUAUAGGAAACACCCACCAAACUGUGCCACCCUCUGGGAGAGUCCCUGUGGCAAGUGAUGAGGGUUACACUACAUUGUCUGCCAGGUUGCCACUGCUUCUGAACUGCUGCAGAGGAAGUUCCGAGUUGAUAGGCUCUCUAGUGGACCAUCUCAGUAGAAAAGCUCAAGAGACGAGUACGUCAGCUAGUCUGUACCAAAAUCUCCUUAUGGAAGUCUAUAUCCAGAUGCCCAAGGCUCUGGAGAGAUUCAUGGAUGACAUCUCAACUACGAGGUCCCAGUCCCAUGGUAUAGGUGCCGCCAGCUACAUUGAUUCACUCGUUCAUAGGUUGCUGACUGUUCUGUCAGAAAGGAAAAGAGAUGAUAACAACAAACAGAAGGUAGAGGAUGCCAAUGUGAUCUGCCGCAAAUUGGCAACUAUGCAUCCUCUAGUCUUUUUCAGACAAUUGUCACUCCUUGUGGUCCUGAUGCGUGGGCGUACUCAGCUGAACUGGCGUGAGUUCCGUGGCAGCGGCCAUCUUGGAUUCUUCCACCAUGUUGUAGGUCUUCUGACUCUCCUUCAGCCUGGGUUGUUCCAGGAGGAUGAACAGGCUGUCAAUGGUAUCAUGGACGAGUUCUUCACUGUCUUACAGCGUUAUGGGUCCUCCAAGAAGCCGAUUGAGAGUCUGGUAACACGGUUUGUAACCCUACUCUACCAGUACACCACCAGCAACCCCUCCCAGGCAAGGUCCGUACUGCAGCAACACAGUGCAACUCUAAACACCAUGGCUCAGAAUCAUCCCAACAACACCCAGCUCAAAUCCAUCCUCGCCAGCACCUCACUCUCAUCUUCCUCAAAGGACCAAUCAGAGGGCAGCAUCCUAGCCCCAGAUGACCCCGCCCCCACUGAGCAGCUACCAUUCAUCGAAGGCAUCCCUGGGGUGGGGAAUAGGGAGGAGACCUACUCUCCCAUCCCCGGGGCUAAGGGAGACAGUGAGGAGAGUGUAUGGACACCAGAGUUCAUCAGGAAGAUGUCAGCCAGGUUGCUUCUACGGAACAACAUUGAUGAUAUAACUGAUGCUUUGAAUGAAAUAGAUGGUGCAUCCUUCAGGAAACAUGAAAUGUUACAUCACUUUGCUACUGAGUUUGCAAGCCUGUUGACGUCUACAAACUCUGAUUGCAGAAGUAUGGCCUUCUGUCUUACCAUACGCUACCUCCGGUACAAUCCUAAUUGUGGUGAGAAGUGUUUACCAUCAUACCUUGAUGCCCUAGCCUCUGACGAUGGCUGCGUUGUCCAGACAGCUCUCAAAUACCUUGCUGACUUCACUGCUCUCUGUCAAGAACAAGCAACAACCAUCCUCCAGCAAGCUUUCUUAGUCGGUGUUCACCACAAGAUUGAUACAGUACCACCGAUUGCAGAAACAUUACAACUAUUAUCAAUGGACUCAACGCCAACACAGAGUGCUUCAUAGUCAAGAAGCAAACAGUGAAAUAGCUAUCAGUGUUAAACUUUCUUAGAAGGAAUGGAACAUAAAACUUUAGAGUAUUACAGCUAUAUGAAUAUAUCAAUAUGAAUUGAUCAGCAUCACCUUAUGUGAUCUGGAGACAUGGGGAAAACCUUGAAGCUCAUAUUUUUAGUUGGAGGCCAAUAUGAUGUUGAUCUGUACCGCCUAUUGACGAGACAACAGCUUUUUCUGUCCACAUCUUAGGAAAGAUCAAUGAAUUACCUUGAGAGGCUCUCUUUAUUCUGAAGGGUUGAAGGAUCGCAACUGCUCCCCGCUUCAUGCAAAAUCAAGAAGUAUAUUGAGUAGAACUUGAUGUCCCGAUGGGCCAGCCACUCGUGUUAAUCAAGUGAGCUCUAAAAAUUGGUAAAGAGAGAGUGAUACAGGAAUGCUACCUAUAUAAAGUAGAUGCAGUACCACCUAAUUGGAGAGAUAUCAAUGAUAUGAUAACACAUAUUAAAGUGCCAUAGAGUUGACAGAAGGGGAAAUAUUUGUCAAGGGAAAGUUCAGUGCGGUGUUGCUCUGUUGGCACCAAUCAAGGAGAGAUUUAUCUCUAACCACUUACAUGAACUCGACACCAAAACAGCCUAAUGAAACGAUGAAUAAAUAUGAGUAAGACAUGGCCAUAUUGAUGGCAGUGCCGAUACCCUCUUGUAUACUUUACAGAAAUCGUGUUUGAAUUAUUUCUUUUUCAUUCCUGCAUUUUCUUAUUUCUUGAAUAAUUUUUCAGAAAUAUAAGUAUGUUAGAUAAAAUCAUAUUGAUUUUACAGGUAAAGUCCCCUGCAUUAGAAUGAAACUAACGUGAAAAUUAGAUUUCAGAUAAGAAAGUUGCAUAUUUUCACUGAACAGUGGUAUACAUAACUCAGUUCACAUUCUCUGGGGGCCAGUGAUGUGGCAAGUUUGUUAUAUCCUUUGUAUUUGUGAUAUCAAAUUUUAGUAAUUCAUUUCAAUUCCUGCUUAAAUGAUAUUGAAUAUGGUUUCAGUUAUCAUGAAACAUGUGAUAAAUUGGAAACUUCAUUACUUUAUCUUAUAAUUCAAAUUUUUAAUUGGUAUUUCAUAAAAUCUCGAAAAUUGUUUCAGAUAAUAUAAUGUCAUAUAUAUUAGCAAGUUUGUGGUAGCAUCAGCUUUCUCAUAACAUACAUGCCAUUUUGUGCAUACCACUGUUCCUAUGAUAAAACAGUUUAAUUUUCAGAUGUUACUCAACAUUAACUUAUUUAAAUCAAAUUUUCAUUGUUAACAAUUACUGCCAUACUUUGGCAAAAGGAAGCAAGUUACAAAAGUAUCAUUUGUUGUAAAUGAGCAAUGUGUGUUCGUCAUUUACCUAGACGUCAAUGCAAUUGAACAGCAUAUUUUCUUCAAUAUCGUUCCAAAGAACGAUAAUUUCUUCCCAAAAUUUUGUCUGAACGUGCAACAUACAAAGGGUGUUUCAGAAACAACAAUAACUCAAAUCUGACUGAUGUGUCACUUGCUUCCUUUUGCCAAAGUUGGGCAGAUUGAUAUUGCUAUUAAAUUUUGAUCUCUGAAAAUUUUGAAAAAUAGGCAUUAAUCACAAUUUACCUAGCCAUAGCCACAUUCUCCUUUGGAAAGUGUGUUGGAGACAUGAUUGUUUACAGAAAACCAGCUGUAGACAUGCUUCUUUACUAUUAUGUUGUAUAAUUAUGUCUUCUCAGUUCCUGUAUAGAAUUAGAUAAUUGUAUGUUUUCACUUCAAAAUUAAUUAUAGGUAUUGAAUAUUCAGUACACCUGUAGCACUGUAAAUAUUAUUUUCAGAAAAAUGCUUUUGUAAUAAAAAGAAACUUGUUUUCCAUAA